AUGGUGGCUUUCGUGAUGUUUUGUUCGAUGUUUCUAAAAUAUUAGCCAGCCUAAUUACACGUCGUGCGCAAUAGAUACACAGAUAGCAUUUGUCGCUUACUUUUGGAUUUCUAAAAGCGUACCGUCGAUAUGGUUAAGCUUCAUAAGAAAUUUUUCGCGGGUGACAAGGUUUUUGCAAAAGUUCGAGGUUAUCCACCAUGGCCAGCAAAAGUUGAAAAAGUUAUCGAUCCCAAUUCAAAAAAUUCAAAGUAUAGUGUUUACUUCUAUGGCACAGGAGAAACUGCUGUGUGUAAAGUGGAAGAGCUAUAUACAUACAUAGAGAAUAAAGCUAAAUUUGGCAAGCCAAUUAGAAGAAAGUAUUUUCAUGAAGGUUUAAUACAAUUAGAGCAAGAACUUAAAAAUGACAGAAAUAAAGCAUCAAAUCUUGCAGACCUCAAAGAAGCUGGCAUUGGUGAUGAAGCGUCAACAGAAGGUGACACUAAUUUGCCAACAGCUAGUGCUGCAGACAGUGACAUGGAACCAGGAUCUCUUGUAGUUGAUGAAGAAGAGAAAAAGAAGUCUAUGAAAAGGAGAACUCUUUCUGCUACUAAUCCUGAUGCACCAGAAAUAAAGAAGAGACGUGGAAAAGCAAAAUCUUUAUCUGCAUCCACAAGUAUUUCAAUAAAACAAGAACCUGGCUUGGAUUCUCAAGGAGAGGAAUCACCAAAAGAAGUUGUGAGUCGUAGCGGUAGGAAAAUUAAACCUAAGCGGUUUGCUGACUUUUCAAGCUCAGAAGAGACAGAUAUUACAACGGAUAAAGCUGAUCAUGGAAGAGGUCGCCCUAAAGUUAAAAUUGAAGAUACUAGUGACCAAGCAACACCUGGUGCAAUGCAUAAAAAACGAGGUGUUUUGGAAAAUUUAAGUGUGAUGUACUUCACAGAAAAAAAUAAUUUAGGUGAAACACCUACAUUGGAAGGUACUGUAGUGUCUAGUACCACAUCUUCAGACACACCAGGAAGAUUUUUAUUAGCGUUAACGUUUGCCGGUGAAUACGUAGGAAUUAAGUUAGAUAUGGACAAGCCAAAAUCCUUUGAAAGUGAAAGGGCUCGAUCGCAGUGGGAAUGGUCUACGGCCAGAAAUGCCAUGAAGUUAAAAGCACAAUUAGAAAGUGGCGAAAUUUUACCGGAACAAGUGAAAGAUUGUUUGGAUUUAAAUGUACAUGUCCCAGAUGAGGAAAAACGACUGUUAGCAACAGACGGAGCACUUCAUCGCAAAACAAAUAAACUAAGAUGGCUUCGUAUAGAAGCACAACUUUUACAAUUGGAUGCUCAAAUUAAAUCCAACCUCGGAUUAGAUCGAGCAAAUCCUGAUAAGUGUUUGCAAGCAAUGGAUGAUAUGCUAUCACUUCCAAUUGACCCUCUGAUGUUGAAAAAGCAUCCGCACAUUGUAGAAACUGUUAAGAGGUUGCGACGAUAUAUCGGUAACUUGGCCGAUUGGAAAUUAAACGAAGAAGAUGAGGCAGUUUUCAAACAAAAAGCAGAACAAAUUAGGCAAAAGGCUGAGCACAUAUACAACAAGUUUAAGGCUAUGUUUACCAUACCUGAAGGUCAAUCGUUUUGGCAAUCAUUUUCGGACCAAGUGGUUCAUUUCAAAGAGUUAACGAAGGAUAUGCCCGAAGAGAAAGUAUUUUCUCUAAUGUCUGACCCUGCUUGUCCAGGAACGAAUCUUGUAGAUGCAGCCAUAUCAGAGGACUCACCUGCGGAUGAGAGCGGUAGUCAACCAGAUACAGAUACACCUGUUGAAGCUAAAUCAGAAGAAGUGCCUACAAGGAGCGAGACUCCAAACGAGUCAGAGGCCAAGUAACAUAGUGAUCUUUUGUAUCAGAUAAUGUGGAAAUCAUACUUAUUUUCUUUUGUACUGAAGCAGUACGCUACAUGACACGAGUGUCUUAAUGCUGAAAAAAAGAAUUCACUUUCAUACACUUGGAUAAAUCACCUUUGGUUAAAUUCUAUCAUUAUAUUUUACUUAAUGGGUCUUCUAGUAAAUUUCCUCGUCAUUAUAACACAUCUUACUUGCAAUAUUUGUAACUAGAAAGCCCACUAUAUGAAUGAACAAUCUUUACUCUGUUAAGAAUGUUAUGAAAAAUUGGUUAAUUAUAGAACACCUAAGGUUUAGAAUAGACAUCAUAAUUAUUUACUCUGUUCGACAACACGUUCUUCUUUUUAUAAUUACAAUUCCUUCGGUGUCGUUGGGCAAUACCAAAAAAAAAAAGAAAAAAAAAAGGAAAGAUAUAUUUGCGAAGGCUAUAUAGGUGUCUUCGUUGUUUAACGCCACGCGUAAACUUGCCUACUUAAGUAGCAACAGAUACCAAUGUGUAUAUAUAUAUAAAAAAAAGAAAAAAAAAAAAGAAAAAAAAAACAGAAGCGAGAAAUGAAAAUUGCAAUAAUCUUCUAUGCAAAAGUCAGAGAAUAUGUCGUGGAGGCACAGUAUGUUUUUUUUCAGUAUGUUAUUUCGA